ACACAAGCCAGCACAACACUCAGCCGACUUGGCUGACAUGGCUCAUGGCAGCUCACAAGGGUCCUUUGAGCCCUGAGACAGGGACCAAUGGCCAGGCACGCAGGCUGGAAGAAAGAGGUGCGUGCUCUCCUCAGGAUGGCCAUGAGAAUCCGCAGGGGGAGGAGGAGAAGAUCCGGGUCGCUCCGGGCCAGGCUCUGAAGCCUGCGUCCACAGAUAUCUUCCAGAGGCUUCACGCCUCGCAUGCAGCAAAGAUGGAGAAGCUUAGCCUGAUGAAGGAGCUGGCAGACCGCGAAGAGGCAGAACAGCUGGAAGAGCUGAAAAGAUGUACAAUUCGUACAUGUUCCUCUGAGGAGGAGGCGGGGAAGAUCUAUGGUCGCCUGUACCAAGAGGCAGAGCUCCGCAGGAGGAGGCAGGCUGAACGUGAACACGAGCAACUGGAAGCGACCAGUGCUCAGAUUUCUCAGCUCUCCUCAGUCAAGAGCCAGGGGGCAGGUCCGCCGCGAUGGGAGCAGCUCUACAACAGCGCUCCCAUAAAGGAGAAGCGGCUGGGCGAAGAACGCCAGCGGGCGUUGGAGGAGGAGGCGCGCUGGCUGGCCCAGAACUGCAUCCAUCGCUCCUCCGCGGAUGUCCAGCCAGACAAGAUCUUCCAGCGCCUCUACCGCGACGGGCAGCACCGGGAGCAGCGCAAGGAGCAGCUCCGCAGCGCCACGGCUGCCACUGAAGCUCGCCAAUUGGUCGAAGGCUCUGUGCACGCGAGCCGCAACCUCUCUGCUGCAGAUCUGGAAGAGAGGACCAGGCGGCUGUACGAAGAUGGCCUGCAGAGGAUCGAGCGGUUGGAGGAGGCAAGACGACAACAGCAAAGCUUAGAGUACAAGGCGCCCGUGCGCUCAGCGUCAAGUGGCCCCUCAAGGUUCGAGCUGCUUUACGGUGAUGCAAGUCGACGUGAGGAGGAAAGAAAGCUCUGGCAGGAAUACCAGCAAAAAGAAGAACUGGACAUGUGCCAGCGCAACAAGAGCCCGCGGAAUCAUGAGGCGACAAUGAAGCGCUCGGCUUCUGCAAGAAAUUGCCGGACACCAAGGAGGCAUGACGCUGGCGAUGAGCUGGAGGAAGCGCGCGAGGCUCCGCUGCCUGGGCAUUCGGCGUUGGUGCCAGCGCAAAGUGCAGCCCGGCAUGUAGGUGGGCUGACAGACGUGGAUAAGGGCAGUCGCUGCCAGUGUGGUGCAUGUCCAGCUGACCGAGUCGCCAUGGUUGCCAAGAGCAAACCUGCUUUGACUGUUCCACACGCUCCAAACGCUCAGACUGCCUCAAGCGUACAGGGUGAGGCACCAGGCGGGCAACGGCGGGCCACGACGCCGAGACGGGCAAAGACGCCACCACGGGCCACGACGCUGCCACGGGCCAUAACGCCGCCAAGGAGCGCCCAGGCUCAGUCUCAGGUGGAGCCGGCGCAGGUCGUGGCGCCUCCGCCCAAACGCACACCGACGCCGAGAUCGCAUGGCCAACAGGGAGGCCCUCGCUCAAAGACACCUCCACCAGAUCUCGCAGUGUCCAAGGCUGCUCCAAGCCGCGCGCGGACUCCUGUAAGGGAAGCUCCAAAAGGCUCGCCCGGAAAGAUGCCAGAGAGGCCAAGGACACCGCCCCAGGCGCACACGCUAGCAGAGCGAUUGCCACAAAAGGUCGCAAGCUCGCCGCCUCAGCGCAAAGCUCUUUCCAAGAGUGCUGCAAUCAGAACCGGUGCUUGGCCGAAAUGAUUAGGUGCAAGUGUCAGGGCCUGGUUCAACAAGCAUUUGGUGUUCCAGGCCUUUUCUCUUGCGGAGACUCAAAGUGCUUGGCUAGAAAGGAUAGCCUUUCUGUGUCGA